GGGACCACGUCCGUUGCUAAGAGGCGCAGUUGCCGCCGAACGGAGGGAAAACGUAAAAGCGAAAGAACGAAGCCCUAGAAGCCGAAGAAAUACUGUUUGCAAAAUGAUUUUUUUUUGACCCUGCUUUGUUUCCACACGUUGGUAAAUCUCCUACUGAGUUUCCGAAGAGACGCAGCGCGGGGUAAGGUAAAGAAAGGGAGCUGGGAGGAGGCGGCCGAUGGAGAGCUACGAGGAGUUCUGCUCGCGAAGCCUGGCCAGGGUCUUGGCGCAGGGAGAGGCGACCUGUAGAGGGGCCUCCGGCCAGAAGGAGGCGCCACACUCCCUCAUCCAGUUCCACGGGAUGGCUGUGCUCGCACCUUUGCUGAGUGGGGAGCAGCGCGGAGACAUGGUCCGGUACCGGCAGAGGGCCGUGCGGCUGGAGGCCGACAGGCGGAACCGACACAGGGACCUGCUGCUGGCCCGCGUCCGCGACAUCCUGGACCGCGUGCAGGUCCUAAAGUCGUCGCAGGAUUCAGAAACUCUUGCUCCCCCUACUGGUUCCCUGCAGAAGCAUCAGUCUGUAACCGGAUUCUCUUUGCUGCCUGACACGUCCACCCCACCCUGUGGGGAGAGGGGGGGUGGGGACAGUGAGGAGGAUGAUAACCUGGAGCGGGAGGCGCGGACCUCCCCUCGAUCCGGGGACCGCUGCGGAGACACGCCCGUGCUGGAGGAGAGUCUCAGUGACAAGGAGAACGAGAGCGGUGGCCCUGGGGACGAGUCCUGUGGCGGGGGAGCUGGUGCCCAUCCAACGCCCAGCCCCGCCCCCCUCAGCCCCGCCCGCCGCCAGCCUGAUUCUGAUCCCAGCGGCCCCCUGGACUUGCUGCUGGGCUGCCUCCCGCACAGCCUGACUGGAUCGUACGCCCAACUGCCCAACCCCAAGCCCAGCCUGAGUCCCCUCCCCCACCGGCGGAGACUCCGCCCUCUUUCCACCGGCAACAUCCUCAUCUCGGAUCCCAUGAACGCUGCCGAGCUCAGCCCUCCGAGGUCACGCGAGCGGGCUCUCCUGGGAAGCCCUCCUCCUUCUCCGGCAGGUGGCAGCGUUCUCGACGGCCCCUCCUGCGGCAGCCCCCCCAGCGGCAAGGUUAGCCCCCGUGUGGCCAGCCCCCGUGACUUCCGCAGGCGCUCUCAAACCCUGGACAGUCCCCUGUACCCCGGCGUGGAUCGCAGCCAGGAGAGAGUCCCGCGCUUCCUGGUCGAGCAGCAUUGGCGCCCCCUUGCUCGCCGCUCCCCGCCGGCACCCCUCAACAAGUCGUACGACGUGGAGCGGCCCUCCCCCGCGCUGCUGCGGCCCCACGUUGCCGCCGACCCCUCCCCCACCGACACCCGCCCUGGGAGGGGGAGCGAGGGGUCACGCCAGGGCAGACGGGCACUCGGCCCCCGGGAUGGUGCCGCAGGUGAGGCACAGGUCCUGGAGGACAUACGACAGCAGCCGCAGGAGGAAAACUCCCACCGAUUUUCUGCGGUCAGAGCUGAACAGGAAAGGGCACAGCCCCCCCUACAGGAGAGGAAGUGGAGAGAGCAGGGCGACGAGUUGGUGCUUGCAAAGGGCCCGGGGCGCGAUUCUGAGGCCCUGAGUGAGAACUGCUCCCCUUUGACACCCAUCCUGCAAGCUGAUAAACUGCCUGGACCCAGUGCUCUCAGCAAAGGGUAUUCGCCCGCUGUCAGCUCCCAUGUGCCGUCAGUGACGGUCCGGUCACCGGUCUACCCGUGGGGGCCUUCCCCGGGAGCCAGUAGGACCCGGAGCAGGCUGACUCUGCAGGCGGUGUUGCCCGAACAGCAGAGGGCGCUGUGUCGCCUCACCGCUUUAGCCCGCGGUUUCCUCACACGCAGGCUGCUGAGCACAGAGAAGGUUAAACACCUGCGUCAGACUGUGCAGGACACGCAGGAGUUCAUCCGUUCCUUCCAGAACGAAGUUCCAGGGAAGAGAGCGGCGCUGUCCGCCCAGGACCUCUCCCUGCAGGAGAGGGUGCGAGCUCAGCUGCGUGCGGCGCUCUUCGACAUCCACGACAUCUUCUUCGCGUGGGGCGUGGGAGAAAGGAUGGCGCUGCUGCAGCAGGACCGAGAGCUGCGAGCCGAGAGGAAGCUAAGAGAGAUGGAGAAAGCCAGGAGCCCCAGAGAGCGGGUGACCCUGUCGGCUGCCACCCAGAAGUCCCUCCACAGGAAGAAGCAGAGAAUGAUUGAGAUGUCAGGACAAGGCAAGAGGGCUUCACCCAAAACAAAGAUCCAAGCCAAAAACAGCUGCGGACCCCAUAAGCGACUGUCUGCUCCUCUCGCACCAACCGUCUCCCCGAGGAUCCUGCAGCCGAGCCAGGGCCAGAACGCCCUCCCGAUGCGGCCGCUCCUGAGGCAGGGGAGUCUUUACAAGAAGAGUCCGGAAGAGAGAGUGAAGCGGUGCCACAACCUACGGAAGCAACACUCACUGGGCUAGCUGGCCCAGCCCCUCAUAACUCUCCCUCACUUACACUGAUGCCGGUGCUUGUACCAUCCAAUUCCCCCAAGCUCCACUCACCCCCAUCCUCUUAUGCCAAUGCUAACUCCCAUACAGAUGCCAAACCCAUGUGCCAAAUUGUCUGACGUGAGUCACAACUCGCCCACAACCUAAUCCUGACCACCAGUCCCCAGUUUUCUAACCAGCACCCAUCUCCAACCACCUGUCAUUCUUACUGCGCCGUACCGGACAAGUCCUUGGCAAAACACACUGGAGUGGCAGACACUGUUCUUACUGUUUCUUUAAUGCAAAUCAUAUUUAAAUUUUAUGCCAAUGAGUUUUGCCACAUUCACCAACCUUCCAUACUGGUUACCAUCCUGUCAAAUGUGUACUCGUCCUUUGGCCAGGAUGUUUUCAAGUGUAUUUUCAUAUUCUGCCAAAUGAGAUGGAUUCCCAAGCUGGGAUUUUAUAUUAUAUAUAUAUAUAUAUAUAUAUACAGUAGCAGUUUACACAUGAUGUAGAUUUGCUACGAAACAAAAAAAGGAGGGAAACAAAGCAAAAAGGAGGGAAAGAGUCACGCCAACCCCCUACCGCCACUUCUAGAGCAGUUGAGCCAACCUGGCUGUGCCGCUCGAUUGUUUACGUCUCGGCGAAAUGCGAGCACUUCAGCUUCUCCCAUUUCUUCCCCCGUAACUUCCUGACAAUCAUUAAACAUGCAACGUACAUGCGACACGCUUUUUCUGUAGCGCGACAGCCCUCCACAGUAUGUGAAGGGUAGUGUGGGAAUACCGCGGUGUGUGGGCCUUCACUGGCCUCCCGCUUCCUGCGUUCUGGCUUCGCACGCAUUCCACUUUUCCCCCCAAGACGAUCGGUUCCGUUCCAGAUGUGUUCUGAUUGAGUUUUCCUUUUAGGGUUCACAAAUCCCAGCCGAAAUAAUUGAGCUGGUUGUUUGUUUGUGUGUCUGGUGUGUUUUUUUUUUUUUUUUGGACUUCACUAAUGUUUUGCACCCCUUUACAACGUCUUUCUUUCAGAAUAUAUAUUAAGUGUGCAGAAAUGAGGCCCUUGUGCACUUUUUCAGAGACCUGCUGUUUGUUUUGUGUAACUUUGGUAACAAAUGCACUCUGUGGACUCAUUUGGAUAUGCAAAUCAAGAAAAAAUUUUAAAAAAAAUUCAAGUGCCAAUACCUGUCAAAAGAUCUUUUCUUUUGGUUCCUCACUCAUGGCCUUUGUGAGCCACCUGUUUAAUCCGUACUUAACACCCCCACAUACAGUAUAGAUUAAUUUAUCAGAUAAAAAUUAGUGCAGGAAAUGAUUUGCACUAAUUAGGCCAGUCUGGUGCUGAUGUAUGUCUGGAACACAUGGACCCUUUUGUUGGACCUUUGAGCUGACCCCUCUCUUUACUGUUAACCGUCCUGCUGCCUCACAAACCCACUGUGUCCAAAAUAUUCCUGUUCCCACAGCUUGAGAACAAUCAGUUAUUAUUGGCUUGCGUUUUUUUUUUUUUUUUUUUAAAAAUUCUACUUAAAAAUACCGAUUGUGAUAUUUUUAAGUUCUGUUUAAGUGGAUUUGUUUGUUUUUAUAUUAUACUUAUUUCUCUUAGUAUAGGCAUGGUGCAUUGAUGUCUCAACCACUACUAGUGAAAUAAUUUAUUUGUUAUA